AUGGUACCUGCCAAGAUCUGGCGAGUAUCACGCAUUGUGGUGGCUGCAACGGACCAACAUGUACCGGAGUUCAACCAGCUUGUUGCCUCGGAACAUGCGCUGAUCUAUACUCUGAUCCUAAUCACUGUGGCGCCUGUCUUACCAUUCCGUGUCUUGGAGUCACUCCGGCAUGUUGUUCGGGGGCGUGUGCUGAUCUCAGCUCAAACUCCACUCAUUGCGGCAACUGCAGUACUACUUGCCCAACAACCGCCUCAACUUGUUGCUCCGGGAACUGCACAGAUCUCACCUCAAACCUCAAUCAUUGCGGUAGCUGCUCUGCUUUUCCAUGCCUUGGCCAGAAUCCCGCAUGUUGCAACAGCAGCUGCACUGAUUUGGCCACCAGCGCUACCCACUGCGGCUCCUGUACAGCUGCACCAUGUACUGGUCUACUUCCCGCUUGUUGCUCCGGCACUUGUGCCGACUUACUAUCAAGCCCUCAGCACUGUGGAUCAUGCAAUGCUGCUCCAUGUACUGGUACUAACCCAGCCUGUUGCACCGGUAUAUGCACAGAUCUCAACGCCGACAUAUUCCACUGUGGAUCUUGCACAGCAGCUACAUGCACGGGCUUGA